AUGUCUGCAGUUCUGUGUGAGGAGAAGGAGGAGGAGGAGGAGGAGGAGGAGGAGGAGGAGGAGGUGUUGUCUGUAGCUGCAGCAUUAGUCACUGCUCCCGCCGCCGCUCCGGAGAUGGCACCUGGCAAGCGAAGAGCUACAGUCAUGUCCCUCUCGCUGGCGAUCGUAGGCUCCCUCCUGCUGCAGUAUGUUUCUUCUCAGAACGCUGGUUUUGUCAAGUCUCCUCUGUCUGAAACCAAACUCACGGGCGACGCCUUUGAGCUGUACUGUGACGUGAUCGGAAACCCCACUCCUGAAAUCCAGUGGUGGUACUCUGAGAUAAACCGCCUGGACUCCUUCAGGCAGCUGUGGGACGGGGCCCGUAAGAGGCGGGUCAGCAUCGGCACCGCCUACGGGGUCAAUGCGGUCAGUGUGCUGGGCGUGUCCCGCCUCACACUGGACGAUGCAGGGAUUUAUGAAUGUAGAGCCAGCAACGAUCCACAACGGAACAACCUGCACCAAAACCCGGUCAGCACCUGGGUCCGGGCCCAGGCCACGGUCACGGUGCUGCAGAAGCCGUCCAUCGUGGCCUCGGAACACGUGGUUCUUCCCACGGACAGCCACAGCCCGCCCUUCUCGCUGCAGUGCAACCUGACCAGCGCUCACAGUCCCCACAGCGAGAGCUUCUGGACCAAGAACGGAGAGGAGAUCCCCGAGACGCGCAGCACCAGCAAAAACUCAGAGUACAAACUGGUCAAGCCGCGAUCGGACGACGCCGGGCUCUACAUGUGCGUCUUCACCUUCGAGAGCGCUCCUCCUGCCAACGCCAGCAUCGAAAUCAAAUCGGCUCCUGAAAUCCACGGCCACAAACGCAGCGAGAACCGGAACGAGGGCCAGCGUGCCGUUCUGUACUGUAAAUCUGUGGGGUAUCCUCAUCCCGCCUGGACCUGGCGCAAGUUUGACAACGGCUUUUUCAGGGAACUUGACAACUCGAGCGGCCGUUUCUUCGUCAACAGCCGUGAUAACUACACUGAGCUGCUGAUCGAGAACUUGGACAUAAGCGCAGACCCCGGAGAGUACCAGUGCAACGCCACCAACAUCAUCGGCACCCACGAGGAGAAGUCCAUCCUGAGGGUCCGCAGCCACCUCGCCCCCUUGUGGCCGCUGCUGGGAGUGAUCUUCGAGGUCAUCAUUCUGAUCAUCAUCAUCGUGGUGUACGAGAAACGCAAGAAGCCCGAAGAUAUACAAGACGAUGACGACUUAGCCGGACCAAUGAAAACCAACUCUACCAACAACCACAAAGACAAGAACCUGCGUCAGAGGAAUACAAACUAG